AGUGCAAAGAGCAUGGCUCCGCGGCGAAGCCAUGCUUCAGACUUCGCAAUUGGCUGGACGAAUGCUAGCCACAGCGAGACGGGCUGGCUGUGGAUUUGAGGUACAGCGAGGUCAUAGGUGUUUGCGUUGGGCUACUUCAGCCACAAACCAGCAGAAAGAGGACUGGCAGAAGGAAAGCGAUUUCGCUCGCAAGCUGCGACGCCUUCCAGCUCGAGAGCUCUGUGAGGCAGUUCAGCCUCGCUUGAAUGACUUGGAUUUUGUGUCGAUGUUGACGGCUUUCCAGCGACUUUCCAAGUUGGGCAUCAAGAAUCCCGAGGAGGAGGAGCUGGCAGUGAAACUCAUUCAGGGCCUGCGAAGGUACCUGGGCAGCCAGGUCGCACGGGAGCGAAACCGUUCCAGGCGAUUUCCCUGGCUCGCACAGGGAGCUUGGGCGGCAGCCAAAGUGCUGCCCGUGCCUUCAAAGACGCUUCAGACUGACGCAACGAAACUCCUGGAGGAGGUGAGCCAAGCCAGCGCACAAGCACUGCAGCGGCGAAAGCCAUUUGAAGCCAGGGAUGCGGCAAACUUGCUGUGGGCCUUGGCAGCAGCUCGAGUCUCUGCACCCAUCGAAGCGUUCGAUGCGCUGCUCGUGAUGAAGACGGAGGCAUUUGCGCCUCAGGACAUCGCGAAUCUCAUUUGGGCCCUGACACGCCUAGAGAACCCCGGCGACAGCCGCCUGGCGAUGUUGGAGAAGCUCUGCGGCUUGGCCCAGAAGCAGAUCUGGCACUUGGAGCCACAGGGCCUGGCAGCGGUGCUGAGUGCACUUGCAGCUGCUCGUGAGAGCCUCGCACUUGGUCCUGGUGUCGCAACGACCGUGGCUACACUGCUGAGGGCAGCAGCUAAGAGAUUGGAAGAGGAGCUGGAUAACAGAAAGGACCCAUCAAGAUGGAGGUCUUCCGAAUUGGUUCAGCUGUUUUGGGCCUUCAGCGUCCUUCAGCUAGACGUCGUCUACUACGAGCAUUUACCUGCAAAAGGCCUGCAAAACAAUUGGACUGACCUCCCUCCGCGGGAUUUGUCACUGCUUGCAUGGAGCUUCGCCAACUCCAAUUCCGAGAGUCUAGCAAUGGAGGUCGGGAAGAUUGCCGCUGCAGGGCUGCCAAAGCUGAGAGAUUUCGACAACCAAGGAAUAUCCAAUCUGGUGUGGGCCUUGGGAGCAGUCAGCCUGGCAGAUCGGGAGGUGUUCUCCCGAGUCGGGACGCUGGUGUCGGCAGGUGACUUCACGGCCAGACAAGUGACCAACAUAUCUUGGGGGUACGCAACUGCAGCAUUUCUUCACCAUGACCUCUUCAAAAAGGCAAAGCGUUUGGCUGAGAGGAGUCUUGAUGCUUUCCGAGUGGACGAGCAAGUUUCCCUGCUAUGGUCCUUUGCAAUUGUGUCAUUGCCGAGUGACACUCUCUGCAGUUCACCAUGCUUGAAGGUUGCCGGAAGUGAGAUGUCUGCCCGCGAAGCUGCAAAUCUCUGUUGGACCUUGGCAGUCUUGGGCCAACACCGGGAGGACGUGCUGGUGGAAUCUGCCAAGUUGCUGGAGGCCAAAGGCAGCCAAGAUCUGGAGCUCCACUUGGCUCAAUGGCACUAUGCAUUCAUGGCCUUCAAACUUGAAGGUGGCAACAUCCCGGGUGACUUGCAAACCUUCGCUCUGCGGGCUGCGGCAGCGGCGAAAAACCGCGCAGUGGCGAAGCUUGGACGCACGGAGGCCUCCUCCAAGCUUCACAGCGAGGUGUCUGCGAAGGUUCGAAGACUGUGCCCGAGUGAGCCUAUCCGGGGGAUCUUGGACGCCCUUACUCAGCAUGGUCUACUGAUGCUGGAUCUUCGUCUUUGUCCUCCAGCUGCUCUGUCGACUACCUGCUCAACUUUGCGGGAGAAACCCACUGGGAUUCGCCAGAUUGUCUUGCGAGAUGGCAUGCGAUGCUUUUGCCAGGAUUUGGCCUACCGGAAACACGCUGCAGCCAAGGACAGGCAGUUCGGGAAGUAUGCCUUGAACACUUCCCACCUCCGCAUGUUGAUGACUGCCUUGUCGGUCUUCCUCUCAGCUAGAGGUCAAAAGGUGUGGAUCUUGGAUCUCGAGGGUCUUCCGCUUGGCAAACAGCUCAGCUCUUUGUUGGCACCACUGGCAGCAACAUUGACCGAGGCGGGUGCACGGCACCUGCAGUGGUUGAACCUCUCUGGUUGUGGGAUUGCUGAUCGUGGCCUUGCGUUGCUGUUGCCGGCGUUGGGAAACUCGGGCAAAGUUCUGCUCCCGGAACUUGAAGCCAUUCUGCUGGCCGAAAACAGACUGUCAGAUGUGCAGCUGGUGAUUCACCUCCUGCGAAGUCGGACCUCGCUUUGCAUGAAUGGCAAGGCUACCUCUUUGCGACUGCUGGACUUGUCCCGAAACCCGCGUUUGGUGACUGAUGUUACUGAGCGCAUGACAAACCUCGGCACAAGAUUCCGCGGAGAUACUUUAAUGCUAUCAAUCUCGAGGUUCCUUGCAGAGGGUCUUCCUCUUCAAGUGCUGAGACUCAAAGAUCUGAAGCUUCGAAAUGACGACAUUCUGCCUCUCUUGAAGCUGCUGGGAGCGGAAGCUGAUGGCUUUGCCAUGGCAAACAACGAAGGUCCUGCCUGUCAAACGUGCCUGGAAGAGGUGGAUUUGAAGCUUAGCCGGCUUAGCCUAAGACAUUCAAGAAAGCUAAAGAUUGUAGUUGCUGAGCAAGUGUGUGUGUGUGUGUGUGUCAAGCUCUGUACCGAAGAGUUCCUCACUUUUUGCGGCUGA